AUGAAAGCCAUCCAGUUUGCCAACGUCGAGGAGCAGUAUCGAAAGUACGCGGAUGAGUUGCGUGCGUCCGAUGUGCGAAAAUUGGACGAAUGGUCCCGCACGCAACCACAUUUGCCGUCGAUUACCGAGCUAGAGUUGAUUCUUUUUCUGCACUCGAACUAUUACGACCUGGAAGCGGCACAGCGUACGAUCGAAAGCUAUUACAGCUUCCGGGCAAGCAGCAAGAACUUGUUCGCAAACCGGGACCUCGAGAAAGGCGCGAUUCAGAUGGCCAUGGAUGUGCUAGAUUUGGUCGUUCUCCCCGAUCUGACCCCCGAAGGUUACCGGGUGCUGCUAGCGAAGAUCGUUGAUCCGGAUGCAAGUAAAUUUUCACUUGGCUCUAUACUCACAUUUGCGUGCAUGUGCGUGGAUAUCUUGCUCUGGGAGGAAGGAUGCAACAAUGGAUCGAUUCUCAUAAUCGAUAUGGACGGCAUACAUCUGGGUCAUCUACCAAAGCUGGGCAUAUUCACGCUUAAGGAUUUGCUAUACUACGUUCAAGAGGCACUUCCGAUUCGGCUAAAGGGACUGCAUCUGGCCAACGUGGUGCCAUUUAUCGAUCGCAUCAUGACAAUGAUCAGGCCAUUCAUGAAGAAAGAGCUGCUCGAGAUCUUUCAUCUGCACACCAGCAUGCAAACGCUCUUCAAACAUGUUCCGCAGCAUCUUCUACCGGUCGACUACGGUGGCUCUGCACGUGCAAGGAAAGUGUUACGAGAUGAAUUGUACAACCACACCAUCGAAUGUGGGGACUUUCUCGCCGGCUACGACCAACUGAAACGUGUUGACGAAAGCAAACGAAUUCCCAAAGCGCGCUCAAUGACCAAUUUCUUUGGGUUGAUUUGA